UUCUAUUCGCGGAAUUGUAUUGAAAACAAAUAAACGUGACAGAUAUCGAAAAAACUUAAAAAACUCUUGUUUCCUAUAAAUGCCUCUAGAGUAUUAUUGCAAAGAAGAAGGCGUAAAAUGAGUCAUGUGAUUGAUAUAUAAAAGUAGCGGAAUCAGAGCAAAACUUAUAUUCAGGAACAGACAGCGAGUAAAGUCAUUCAAAAACCAGACGAUUGUGACGUUAUUAGGAAUCAUAUUUUUUCCAAUAUCUAGGAUACAGUCAGAUGACUAAAGAGAAGAAAAUGACAAACAAAACCCGUAUUGAACUAUCACAUGGAGAACAAGAUUGGACAGAAGUCAGGGAAAGCUUCGUUCGAGCUUUUCAUCAUUAUUCUCUGUAUAAAUACUUAAUACCAAACGAACAAACGAGACCAAAAUUUUUAAGAAAAUAUUUAGAAGCAAUAUAUGAUGUCACUAUACGUAAUGGAAACUCUAUUCUUUUAGUAGGAAGAACAGCUGAGGAUAACACAAUUAUCGGAGGAGCUAUGGUUGUUCCUCCAGCUAAAGAUUAUGGAGGAUGGGAAUGUGAAAAAGCUGAUAAUUUUUACGAAGCUUAUGAAAAAUAUAAAUUGAGAGAAAUCGACCAUGAAGCAUUUGAAAGAAUGGAAAAAUAUGAAGAAUGGGAAUAUGAAAAUAUAUCAAAGCACGUUUGUUCAACUAAAGUACCGUUAUGGAAUGGAAUAUUUUGUGCGGUUGAUCCCAAGUAUGCAGGGAAGGGACGUGGAAGUCUAAGUUAUAGUGAAUGUCUGAACAUAAUAAAUAAUAUUCGAAAAAACAAAUCCUGCAAAGAAAAAGAAUUUAGGAAAAGUCGAGUCAAAUCAGAAGAACAUUUACAUGGCAUCGUCCAAAAACUUCGCAAGUUUUAUGAGAACCAAACUGAUUCAGAAAAAUUGAUUAAUCCUGUAGAAUAUUUAACAACCUCUCGUUCGUCAACUACCCGAAAUCUUCCAGUUCACAUCGGAACAAAUAGAGAUAAAAAUGGUCCAAUACAUGGAGAUGAAAAAUUUAAAAAAACUUCAAAAAAAUCAAUGAGAUCCAUGAUAUUCAUGAUCAGUCACAGUCGACAAGCAGUUCAUUUUCAUCAAAAGAAUGGAUUUCAAUCAAUUGUAGAUAUUCCGUAUUACGAAGAGCCUGUGCUUGGGAUUGGCGAUUCACCAUUCAAUGUUAAUGUACUGUUAAUGGAUCCCCUCGAAACCGGAGGAAUCGCUAAAAUUAGUCACGCACUUUCGCAUUGUGGUCGCAUAUCGACCAACCAUGGAUCUGAACAGUCGUACUUGAAGCGCAUCAGGGGAUUUUAUAAUUUAGCGGAGAAAUGCACAUUAUAAAUAAAUGUAUCAAAACAUCCAUUCCACAUAUAUCCUACAUCACCUUUUAAUGUCUGCAACUUUAAUAUAAUUUUUUAUGAUAUCUAUUUUGUAGUUUAACGAUAUUUAUUUAACAUAAAAUUAUUUCGUAGUUUUAUUUUGUGAACAUUUCUAAUUUAUAUUUGC